ACUGUUUUGCCAGCAGUCUUCUCGUGAAUUUCUUGGCGUUUGGUUUGUUUUUGUGAAAAUUGUUUCAAAUGGUGAUAGUACAAAAAUAAAAUUGUGAAGUUGUUAAAAAGUAUUAAACGAAAAAGUGGUGGCAAACGUAAAAAGUAUAAAGCGACUACGGGCAAUAGAUAUUUCAUUAUUAUAAUCAAUUGGUGGACGCGAAUUGCGUACAUUACAUCUGUGUCACUAUAAAAUGCGUCUCACCGUCGGUUCAACAGCCACAAUUGUUGCGCUGUCGCUCUUGUCCGUGUUGGUAGCUGGACAAGAUGCCAGUGCUGUGGAAGAGGAACAACCACAGCCAGUGUCGGAGGAGCCGGUGAAGUUCGUACAUGUCCUCAAUCCCGGCGAACGCGAGUAUCUUUCGCCCAACUUGAUUGGCGUACAGAACAUAGCUAUGACAUUCCUGCCGCUCUCGAUGAACUUCGUUAACAUCAUCGAUGCAUUUCGCGAAAUUGUUGAUGGCGUGCGAUAUGAGAUACUUUUGAAUGCCGUUGAUACGAAGGCAAACGAUGCCGAUGUGAUAUGUCGCAUAGUGAUCAUAGAAAAGCCUUGGCUGCGCACCGAAUGGGGCGAUAAGGUUCGUGAAUUGCGCACGUCCAACUGCACCAGCGAGGACGACCAUCUAACCGAACAAGCGGCGCGCAGCAAAGCGCUCAACGAUAAGUAUACUAGGAACGCACUCUUCAAUGGCGGUACACGAAAUGAGCUUAACGAUGACGACAUGUCCAAAUUAGAAUCACAAAUUCUACCAAUGCCGUUCUCCACGAAUGGACUAAAGCGGCGCGAGACCUCAACAAGCGACACCACAACUUCCACUUCCGCUACGGCAGGGACUACGACUACGACGUCAACAACGACAACCCCUGCAACCCCAGCAACAGAACAAUUAAGCACAGAAGCAGCGGAGCGAAUUGAGGAUGCGACGACAACUGCGCCAACGUCGACACUUAAUGUGCAUGAUGAAGAUAACGCAGAGUCCACAACAUCGCUGCCAGUGCUCACACAAGACGAGAUGAAGUGGUUGGAUGAUUUUCUAUCUGUGGGUGCUGUUAGCUUUGAGCAGACACAACGUGAAAGACUAGAAGCAGCGGAGCAUGCUGCGGGUGGGCAUAAUGAUAAUGAUGCCACCGUCGAAAGUGCUGCUGCUGCGAGUAAUUAUGUGCAGCAAGAACAGCAGCAGCAGCUGGAGAAAGAUGGUGAUGAGGGACAGGUGUUGGAGGUAGAUGGAGAGUUGGCAACAGCUGACACGUCGGCGCCAGAGCAGACUCAUGCUCGCGCCAAGCGUAGUAGCGGUCUAGCUGGUGGUGUUAGCAAUUUGGAAAACAAGGAUGCCGAGCAACGUUUGCAGGCUUCACUCGAUAAAUUGAGUUCCGGUGAUGAAGGUCCGAACUACAGAAUUUCGCAAAUAUUUUCCGCCACCACCCAGGUCGUUUCGGGCACUUUAACCAAAAUAGAUGCUGAGCUCAUUGAGGAGAACGGUGAGAAAAUACGUUGCAAUGUCAAAAUAUGGUCACAGCCAUGGCUGCCCAAUGGCAUUGAAGUGACCUUUAAGUGUCCCAAUAAAGAUUUGGUGAAACGUCGUCACAGCCGCUCUGUUGAGCAUCUGGAAAAGAAGACACACAAGAAACGCAAUCAUCACAGCUUGGACAAAACCGAACAUUUGUUCAGCAAAUUCCAAAUUAAGUACAAUCGUCGCUAUCACACUGCAAUGGAGCAUCAAAUGCGCUUGAGAAUUUUCAAACAAAAUUUGCAAACUAUCCAAGAAUUGAAUCGUAAUGAGAUGGGUAGCGCCAAGUAUGGCAUAACAGAAUUUGCUGACUUGACUAGCACCGAAUACAAACAACGCACCGGUCUGUGGCAACGUUCAGUGGAUAAGCCAAGCAAGAAUGCACUUGCUAUGAUUCCCAAUGUGGAGUUGCCAAAGGAGUUCGAUUGGCGAGAGAAGGGUGUUAUUUCGAAUGUGAAGAAUCAAGGAAUGUGCGGUUCGUGUUGGGCAUUCAGUGUAACGGGCAAUGUGGAGGGCUUACAUGCAGUGAAGACGGGCAAAUUGGAAGAAUACUCGGAGCAGGAGUUGCUUGAUUGCGACACCACCGAUUCGGCAUGCAAUGGUGGUCUAAUGGAUAAUGCUUAUGAAGCGAUACAGCAUAUUGGCGGUUUGGAGUUGGAAUCCGAAUAUCCGUAUGAAGGACACAAGGACCAGUGCCAAUUCAACAAGUCAAUGGCGCAUGUCAAAGUGAAGGGUGGCAUUGAUUUGCCCAAGAAUGAGUCGGCCAUAGCACAGUGGCUGAUUACCAAUGGACCUGUGUCGAUUGGUAUUAACGCAAAUGCUAUGCAAUUCUAUCGCGGUGGCGUCUCUCAUCCAUGGAAAGCAUUGUGCUCUAAAAAGAAUCUCGACCAUGGUGUUCUUAUUGUCGGUUAUGGCGUUUCCGACUAUCCAAUGUUCAAGAAGACACUACCCUACUGGAUUGUAAAGAAUUCCUGGGGACCUAAAUGGGGCGAACAAGGCUACUAUCGCGUGUACCGUGGCGAUAAUACAUGCGGUGUCAGUGAGAUGGCCUCCUCGGCAGUGCUUGAUGACUAAAUCAAUCGGCGUUAAUAAAAAAAAAUUACAACUUCAAGCAUGCAAUUCAUAUAACCACAUUAUUCGCCGAAUAAGUGAAUAAACAAAACAUACAAUAAUUAGUAUUUAGCAAAUAAACUCACACAUUAACCAAACACAGCA